AUGAACAUUCUGCGUCAUAAAAAAUGGCAUGUACGUACAAAAGAAAAUGUAGCCAGAGUAAGAAGAGAUGAAGCAAAAGCAGCAGAAGAGGAGGAAGCACGGGCUGAAAGAGCGACACUUGCUGAUCAUGAGUAUCGUAUGCACCGGUUAAAAUCAAAGAACAAUGGCAGUACCUCAGAUGUGGCAAAUUUUAAUGAUAUUUUUCGUUUGUUUUUAUUUUUUUUGUCUUGUACAGAUGACGCGUCCUAUAGCACACCUUUUCACGUCCAGAAAAAUUUAUGUUUCCAAUCGAUGGUUGGAAACAUUUCGUGGUACUAA